AAUGACGAGUAACAAGAUUGAUGUUUCCAUUAUUGUACCUGUUUAUAAUGGAGACUUAUGGUUAGAAGAAUGUUUAACUUCUGUUGUGGCUCAAGAUUUUCCCAGAUCUUUAGAAUUAUCUGUUUUUAAUGAUGCUAGUAAUGAUAAAUCUAUGGACAUUUUAACAUCAUGGUCAAGUAAAAUUAUACAAAGAGGAAUCAAAUAUACAUUAGUUAAUUCAUUAAAUUCUCAUCCAAAAGGAGUGGGCUAUGCAAAAAACAAAGCUGUUGAACAAAGUACUGGAGAAUACCUGUGUUUUUUGGAUUGUGAUGAUGUUAUGAACAGAUCAAGAAUUAGGAAGCAGUAUGAAGCUUGCUGUUCUAGAGAUGAUGCAAUAGUUGGGUGUCAAUUUCAUCGAGAACCUCCCGAUUCAACUCCAAGAUAUGUUCAAUGGGCAAAUAAUUUAGAAUCUAAGCAACUUUAUAUUCAGAUUUAUACUUCAUUUGGGCCCACAAUUGUCAUGCCAACAUGGUUCUGCCAUCGUAGUGUGUUCAAGAAAGUGAAAGGGUUUAGUGAAAAGGGAAAAGGGACACCAGAAGAUCUUUUAUUUUUUUAUGAACACUUAAGACUAGGAGGUAAUUUGCUGAGAGUUGAAGAAGAUUUACUUUUAUACAGAUAUCAUCUUGCUGCGACUACAUUUUCAGUUACAGAGGAAACUCUAUGGGAAAUAAGAAUGCAGGAACUGGAGAGAAAUGUUCUCACAAAAUGGAAAAAAUUUACGAUAUGGAAUGCAGGAAAACAAGGCCGGAAGUUUUUCCGAUCUCUUUCACAAGUUAAUCGAUUGAAAGUACAAGCCUUUUGUGAUGUUGACUUUAAGAAGUUAGAAAAGGGAGUUUACAUCCAUGAAGAAAGUAAGCUUCUUCCUAAACCCAAAAUUCCUAUAGUUCAUUUCACAAAAGCUGAUCCUCCAUUUAUACUUUGCAUCAAAAUUGAUAUGACUGGUGGAAAUUUUGAGAAAAAUUUGACAUCUUUGAACUUAACAGAAGGAAUAGACUACUACCAUUUUAGUUAAUAUUUUGAGUCUAGAUUAGUAUAAAACAAUUUAAGAUUUCAAACGUUUUAGUUUGAUUUUUGUUAACAGUACUGAAAUAACUAAUUUUACUAUAUUUGCAAUAUCAAGAAAUAUUUCUGCUAUAUUACUGAAACAAAAAGCUUUAUACAGUCAACUCUUGAUAACUCAGAGCCUUAAACCUGAAUAUUCCCUUUUCUCCAGUUUAUCAUUAGGGCCCUAACUCUUUAAAGGCUUUGGGAACUUUCCUUAAGUCUAAGGUUGUAACCGGUACCCUGGGACUUCGAGCUAUCAAUAGUUGACUGUAUUGCAAUUUAAAUUUGAAACCUAGAAAAUUUUGUAAGCACAACAGUUCAAAAAUUUUAUGUUAAAGAAAAUUUAGUAUACAAUUUAUUGUAUAUGAAGUAUGUA